AUGCCCUGCCCGUGGUAUCCUCAUCGCUGCUCCUCUCGAGCAGCCUCUCGAGCAGCUGACACCCGCACUGUCGACAAUGCUCUUCCCUCUCCCACCUCUACACUCGAAGUCGAGGAUUGGAAGAAGAUCCGCAGAUUUAAUCUCCGCAUGAUGAGAAAGCAGAUCCGCUGCGUCAUUCUGCUCAUGGCCCUCAUGGAAGCCCUCCGGGUUGGGCCAUUGCAGAUUGUGUAUGCUGGCAAGCAUGAAUAUCCAGCUCCCGGGGAAGAGGACUAUGGUAUUGCCUACACCGUCGGAUACAUCAUCAGCUGGUUGUACGUCUGUGUAUUCAUGAUAAUUUGGAUGCCGCUUUUCGAUUGGUGGGUUCCAAAAACCCUUCCGGAGUCCGACGACCCAUCCAAACCUUCUAUCGCGAUGAAAAUUGUCUGUCUGCUUAAGAAACUUAACAUGAUCCUUCUUCCCAUUUCCAUCGGCGUCUCCCUUCUCACGUAUGUCUACUACGUGAUUCACACCUUCAUCCACGUCGACUCCCGCACCCGCGGUUCCACCAAGCUCCCCAAGAAUACACGUAAAAACUGGCUCGUCCGUGCUUUCAUGCUUCUUGGUAUCGCCAUUACCACGAGCUUGGGCUACGGUGCCCUUCAAACACUCGAGAAAUUGGAUCUGGCACGGGUGAAGAAUAUUGAGUAUGCUUUGAUUGUGGUGCCCGUGCAGAUUAACUUUGGUGUUCUUUUGGGUACGGUCAUGCAGUUCCGUAUGGAAAAGAGACAUGCCCGCAAGGAAGCGAUGAAGUUGCUGGCCGCCAAAACCGAGGAUGGCGUUGUCGAGGAAAAGGCAGCGCUCCUUGAGGUCUAG